ACACGAGUCCUCCAAAAAAUGUACUUUUAGAUAUGUCUAUAUCUUUAUAUAAUGCUGAAUUGACACCUGCCUCAGUUAUAUAUUUUAGUUGGACAGAAAAAUUUUCAGUAGAUUCAGGUCAUAUUUUAUCAGAUGAAUAUCUUAAACUUGGAGAAGAUAUUCCGCAUCUUACUACUAAUUCAACUAGCGUUCCUGAACAAUCUUUCUCAUCCAAUGAUGAAGGCGCUCAUGUUCUAUCUGAACCUUCGCGUCAACAAAAUCAGGAAGGAAUGGCUCGAGGACAACGAUCACACGUUCGCGGAGAAAGUUCAUCGAGCCAAACUUCAAAAAAAUUGCCGAAAUGGCUAACUUUUGGAAAAAAGAAAUAA